AUGUCUUUGCUAGUUAUGGAGACAAAAGGAUACCACAGCUACCCAGAAGGCUUAGAUAUGGAGAGACGGUGGGGUCAAGUUUCUCAGUCUGUGGAGUAUUCUUCCAUAGGUGCUGGCCAGCAGGGCGACGACGGUAACUACAUGGAGAUCGUAAACGUGAGCUGUGCUGCCAGCGCCUUUGCCAACAGCAACGCUCAAGGAAACAGCAAAGAAAAACCCGAGCUCCUCUCCUGCCUGCAGCAAGACACCCAUCAGCCUGGGCUCUUGCCUGCUGACAUCAAAACCGAGAGCGAGUCGAAGGAGCUGUCGGCCACGGUGGCGGAAUCCAUGGGUUUGUACAUGGAUUCCAUACGGGACGCCGACUACCCCUACGAUCAGCAGAACCAGGGGAGCCCGGGGAAGAUCUACCCAAACGUGGAGCAGCUGGUGAAGCUCUACAAGGAGAACGGCCACUGCUCUUCUCCCCUCCACGGUGCCAGCAGGCCCUUGAGGUCGCUGAUGUCGGACUCGGGGAGCGCCGUGAACGGCGGUGCCAUGCAUGCUGUUGUCAAAAGCCCUACCCUGUGUCAAGAGAAGAGCCCCUCGGGCUGCAGCCCUCAGAACGUGGCCUCCUCGGUGUGUAGUCCCGCCGGGGUCAACUCGGUGUCCUCCACCACUGCUAACUUUGGGAGCUUUGCUGUGCACAGCCCCAUCAGCCAGGGGACCCCUUCGUCACGCUCGCCCAACGUGGAGAACCGGGGCUCCAUGUUGCACAGCCCCGCGCACGUCAGCAACGUGGGGUCCCCGCUUUCCAGCCCUAUAAGUAGCAUGAAGUCACCGAUUUCCAGCCCUCCCAGCCACUGCAGCGUGAAAUCUCCCGUCUCGAGCCCCAACAACAUCACCAUGAGGUCUUCUGUCUCCAGCCCUGCCAACCUGAACUCGAGGAGCUCCAUUGCCAGCCCUUCCAACGCCAACAACCGGUCCACUCGCUCCAGCCCGGCGGUGAGCACGGUGGGAUCAUCCAUCUGUAGCCCCGUAAACAACUCCCUGGGAUUCCCAGCUUCUGGCACGCCCGUGGGACCCGGCAGGAGCCAGGACACCGUUCCCAGUCCAGAAACAAAAGAGAAGGGUGCUCAAGACCUCGCCUUCCCUAAGAUGGAGGAGAUGGAGGACGCCAUCUCCAACAGCGGUCAGAUGAACCUGGUGCAGUUCAUCAAACCCGAACCAGAUGGUUCCUUCGGCGGCGCCUGCGUCGGUGACAGCAACAAAAUAAGCUCAGAUUCCCCCUUCUCGGUGCCGGUGAAGCAAGAGUCGGCCAAGCAUCCUUGUUCUGGUGCCCCUUUCAAAGGGAAUCAGCCAGUCAAUCCUUUCCCAUUUACAGACGGCUCCUAUUUUUCUUUCAUGGAUGACAAAGACUAUUACUCUCUUUCUGGGAUUUUAGGACCACCUGUUUCUUCCUUUGAGGGAAGUUGCGAAGGGAGCGGUUUCCCAAAUCCAGGCCUGCGGGUGGGAAUUAAGCAGGAGCCUGAGGAUGGCAGCUACUACCAAGAGAACAGCGUGCCACCCUCGGCCAUCGUGGGGGUCAAUUCAGGUGGACAGUCCUUUCACUACAGGAUCGGGGCCCAGGGCACGAUAUCGUUGUCGCGGCCCGUUGCUCGGGAGCAAGCCUUCCAGCACUUGAGCUCCUUCCCUCCCGUCAGCACCCUGGUGGAGACCUGGAAGUCCCAUUCAGAGUUGGCAUCCAGAAGAAGUGAUGGGUAUCCAGUUCUAGAGUACAUUCCAGAGAACGUGUCCAGGUGA